AUGGGACUCCAGGUCCUGGAGGCACUGAGGGAAGGCCCCAAGACAGCCAUUCCUGGGCUGCUCCCCAAGGAGGAAGUGAAGCUGGACGGCGCGGCGCACCCACCUCCCAGACCCCGCGACUGCGGUUGGGCCCCGCGGCUUCACUCAGCGCUCACCUCCCGGGCCGCUGCGCCUCUGCGCUGGCCCCAGGCCGCCGCCGCGCGGGGCAGAUUCGACUUUGAAUGGUCCGUUAAUGUGGUCGCAAAACGUGACUCGGUUCAUCGGGCGCCCUCCGUAAGCAAGACAAGCACCCACCUGCGGUCGAGGUUGUCCGGCCCCUCCCGGCUUCUCACCUGCGCACCGCAAGGUCCAGCCCUGGAGGCUGCUGGGGAUCCCUCUGAGCGCCCCCCGCAGGCGUCUUCCUGCGACCGGGGCGGGGGAACUCUUGACCGGGAAACAGUUUUGGGCCCCACCACCUUUGGCGCCGCCGUUAGGAGGCACUUUGGGAGACCAAGUCAGGAGUUCAAGACCAGCCUGGCCAACAGGAAACAACCAGCUAUGCCUUGGGAUCAAAAUCCAGAACAAUCAAAUGGAAAUUACAGUGAAAAUGAACAAAAGGGAGAGCAGAAAUGGAGAGAAGGAGGAGAAGCAGGUGGAAAGAGAGAGCGAGAAAAAGAAGAGGAAAAUGAGAAGGAGCUGGAAGAUGAACAGGAAAACAGGAAAAGGGAAAAUAAGAAACAAUAUUCCAAGGAUAGAUUAGUCAGCAAAUCCCUCAUGGACACUCUCUGGUCAAAGUUUAAGUUAAACAGGUGCCCCACAAUACAAGAGAGUCUAUCACUCUCGUUUGAAUUUGGCAUGACCCAUAAACAGAUAAGUCAAUGGUUUUGUAAAAAGAGGAAGAAAUACAAUAGAGAAAUGUCCAAGAGAAAGUAUAAGGAAAAACAAACUAGGUGGGUCUCUAUGAGUUGCCAAGGCUGGUCCCGAACUCCUGCC